CUCCCAGACUACUCCGUUCCUCCGGAUUUCGAUCCCCCUUUUUCUAUCUGUCAAUCAGCGCCGCCUUUGAACUGAAAAGCUCUCAGUCUAACUUCAACUCACUCAAAUCCGAGCGGCACGAGCUCCUCCUGUAUCUUCGGCUUCCCCCCCCUUUGCUCUUUAUAUCUGACUUCUUGUUGUUGUUGGUGUUUUUUUUUUUUUACCCCCCUUUUUUAUUUAUUAUUUUUUUGCACAUUGAUCGGAUCCUUGGGAACGAGAGAAAAAAGAAACCCAAACUCACGCGUGCAGAAGAUCUCCCCCCCUUCCCCUCCCCUCCUCCCUCUUUUCCCCUCCCCAGGAGAGAAAGACCCCAAAGCAGAAAAAAAAAGUUCACCUUGGACUCGUCUUUUUCUUGCAAUUUUUUUUGGGGGGGGGGCAAAACUUUUUGGGUUUUUUUUUUUUUUUUUUUUGGAUUUUCUUCCUCCUUCAUUUUUCUUCCAAAAUUGCUGCUGGUGGGUGAAAAAAAAUGCCGCAGCUGAACGGCGGUGGAGGAGAUGACCUAGGCGCCAACGACGAACUGAUUUCCUUCAAAGACGAGGGCGAACAGGAGGAGAAGAGCUCGGAAAACUCGUCGGCAGAGAGGGAUUUAGCUGAUGUCAAAUCGUCUCUAGUCAAUGAAUCAGAAACGAAUCAAAACAGCUCCUCCGAUUCCGAGGCGGAAAGACGGCCUCCGCCUCGCUCCGAAAGUUUCCGAGAUAAAUCCCGGGAAAGUUUGGAAGAAGCCGCCAAGAGGCAAGAUGGAGGGCUCUUUAAGGGGCCACCGUAUCCCGGCUACCCCUUCAUCAUGAUCCCCGACCUGACGAGCCCCUACCUCCCCAACGGAUCGCUCUCGCCCACCGCCCGAACCCUCCAUUUUCAGUCCGGCAGCACACAUUACUCUGCGUACAAAACGAUUGAGCACCAGAUUGCAAUUCAGUAUCUCCAGAUGAAAUGGCCACUGCUUGAUGUCCAGGCAGGGAGCCUCCAGAGCAGACAGGCCCUCAAGGAUGCCCGCUCGCCGUCACCAGCACACAUUGUUCAGAGCCCCCUCCCUUGCUGCACUCAGGGACAUGACUGUCAGCACUUCUACCCCCCCUCAGACUUCACUGUCAGCACUCAAGUCUUCAGGGACAUGAAAAGGAGCCACUCCUUACAAAAGGUUGGGGAGCCCUGGUGUUUGGAGUCGAACAAAGUGCCGGUGGUGCAGCACCCUCACCAUGUCCACCCGCUCACGCCUCUCAUCACCUAUAGCAACGAACACUUCACCCCGGGAAACCCGCCUCCACACUUACCAGCCGACGUAGACCCCAAAACAGGAAUCCCACGGCCUCCGCACCCUCCAGACAUAUCUCCGUAUUACCCGCUAUCGCCUGGCACCGUAGGACAAAUCCCCCAUCCGCUAGGAUGGUUAGUACCACAGCAAGGUCAGCCAGUGUACCCUAUCACGACAGGAGGAUUCAGACACCCUUAUCCCACAGCGCUGACCGUCAAUGCUUCCAUGUCCAGCUUCCUGUCUUCCAGGUUCCCUCCCCACAUGGUCCCACCACAUCACACUCUGCACACCACCGGCAUACCCCAUCCGGCCAUAGUCACGCCAACGGUCAAACAGGAAUCCUCCCAGAGUGACGUCGGCUCCCUCCACAGCUCAAAGCACCAGGACUCCAAAAAAGAGGAAGAAAAGAAGAAGCCCCACAUAAAGAAGCCCCUCAAUGCGUUCAUGUUGUAUAUGAAGGAAAUGAGAGCAAAGGUCGUGGCCGAGUGCACGUUGAAGGAGAGCGCGGCCAUCAACCAGAUCCUCGGGCGCAGGUGGCAUGCACUGUCCAGAGAAGAGCAAGCCAAGUACUACGAGCUGGCCCGGAAGGAGCGACAGCUUCACAUGCAGCUGUACCCUGGUUGGUCCGCGCGGGAUAACUAUGGGAAGAAGAAGAAGAGGAAAAGGGACAAGCAGCCAGGCGAGACCAAUGAACACAGCGAAUGUUUCCUAAAUCCUUGCCUUUCACUUCCUCCGAUUACAGACCUGAGCGCUCCUAAGAAAUGCCGAGCGCGCUUUGGCCUUGAUCAACAGAAUAACUGGUGCGGCCCUUGCAGGAGAAAAAAAAAGUGCGUUCGCUACAUACAAGGUGGAGGCAGCUGCCUCAGCCCACCCUCUUCAGAUGGAAGCUUACUAGACUCGCCGCCCCCGUCCCCGCACCCGCUGGGCUCCCCUCCCCCCGACGCCAAGGCACAGACUGAGCAGACCCAGCCGCUCUCGCUGUCCCUGAAGCCCGACCCCCUGGCCCACCUGGCCAUGAUGCCCCCGCCGCCCGCGCUCCUGCUGGCCGAGGCCGCCCACGGCAAGGCCUCCGCCCUCUGCCCCAACGGGGCGCUGGACCUGCCGGCCGCCCUGCAGCCCGCCCCCGCCCCGCUGGCGCAGCCGUCGACGUCUUCCUUACAUUCCCUCGGCGCGCUGGCCGGGCCGCAGCCGCAGCCGCUGUCCCUCGUCACCAAGUCGUUAGAGUAGUCGGUGUCCCGCCUGCUGUCCGUGUCCUCGGUCCUUGGUUUGCCGCCCCCGCCGGAAAGCUUUUGUUUUGUACUCUUGAUUUUGUGCCACGUGGCUACAUGAGUUGAUGUUUAUCGAGUUCAUUGGUCAAUAUUUGACCCAUUCUUAUUUCAAUUUCUCCUUUUAAAUAUGUAGAUGAGAGAAGAACCUCAUGAUUCUACCAAAAUUUUUAUCAACAGCUGUUUAAAGUCUUUGUAGCGUUUAAAAUAUAUAUAUAUAUACAUAACUGUUAUGUAGUUCGGAUAGCUUAGUUUUAAAAGACUGAUUAAAAAACAAAAAGGAAAAAAAAAAAGAGAGAAGCAAUUUUGAAGCAGCCCUCCAGACGGAGUUGGUUCUGUAU